AUUGGACCCCGGACGCAUCCUUGGACCUCAGUAUCCGCUGGGGUCCAAGAGGAAUAAUAGUCGAGAUGGAGCGAAGCUUCGCCGGCCGCCGGGCUCUAGUCACCGGAGCGGGCAAAGGCAUCGGGAGGGACACUGCCAAGGCGCUGUUUGCCAGGGGAGCCCAAGUGGUAGCAGUGAGCCGGACCCAGGAGGAUCUGGCCAGCCUGGCCCAGGAGUGCCCAGGAAUAGAGACUUUAUGUGUGGAUCUGGGAGACUGGGAGGCCACAGAGCGGGCUCUGAGCACCAUCGGCCCUGUUGACCUGUUGGUGAACAACGCAGGUGUAGCCUUGCUACAGCCUUUCCUGGAAGUCACUAAGGAAGCUUGUGAUAGAUCUUUUGAUGUGAAUUAUCGGUCAGUGGUCCAAGUAUCCCAGAUUGUCUCCCGGGGGUUGAUAGCACGGGGAGCCCCAGGAGCUAUUGUCAAUGUCUCCAGCCAGGCCUCCCAACGUGCCUUAAAGGACCAUGCCAUCUACUGCUCCACAAAAGGUGCCAUGGAUAUGCUAACCAAGGUGAUGGCUCUGGAGCUGGGACCCCACAAGAUCCGGGUGAACACAGUAAAUCCUACGGUGGUGAUGACUGCCAUGGGCAGGACCAACUGGAGUGACGCCCAGAAAGCAGAGCCCAUGCUAAGCCGAAUCCCACUGGGAAAAUUUGCAGAGGUGCAGGAUGUGGUGAACAGCAUCCUUUUUCUGCUGAGUGACCAGAGUGCCAUGACCACUGGCUCGGCUCUGCUGGUGGAUGGAGGGUAUCUGGUGGGUUAGGAGACCUGCCUCCUGAGCCUGGGGGAGGCAUCUGCUUUCUGUGCCCUAUUAAAUGUGUGUCAUCUGA